AUGAUACCUAAAGGUAGUACACAAGAUAUUGUAAACGCAACAUUAAACUCAUCUUAUCUGUGGAAUAGUUGCAAGCUUUUGGCACUAACAAAGAACAUGAGACUCAGAACUGAGGUUGAUGAUGACAGCAAAAAUGAUCUUAGAUUGCUUGCUGAAUGGAUUCUUGCAAUAGGAGAUGGUGUUCCAAUAGCACACAUUAAAGACAAAGCCAUUUUUACACCUAUACUCCAAAUGGUGGAUGAAAUAAAUAGUUUUAUGAUGAGCCUGAAUCCUGGAGAAGCCAAAAUUUAUUAUAGUUCUGACACAACAUGUCAAAAUGAGGUGAAUAAUGAUAUGUUGGCAUCAGUACAUACACCAGAAUUUCUUAACACUAUCAGAUGCUCCGAGAUUCCUAACCAUAAGUUAACACUCAAAGUAGGAACCCCGAUUAGGUUGUUAAUGAAUAUAGACCACUCUGCAGGUCUAUGUAAUGGUACUAGGUUAGUGGUGACCAAAUUGGAGAACCACAUCAUCGAAAGCCAAGGACAAUCAUUAUCAAAUGUCGGAUUUGUUUUGAAGAAACCUGUCUUCACACAUGGACAGUUGUACGUGGCUGUAUCCAGGGUUACUCAUAGGAGGAGGCUCAAGAUUCAGUUAUGGGAUGAAAGUGGCAAGCCCAGUAUGAAGUUGAUUUUCAGCCUUGUGCAAAAAAUGUUUAAAUAUAAGUGGCUGAAUUAUAGAGCAGAUGGAGCUGUCAAGCAUCACUCAUCAAGGGUCAUGAAUCCUUCUUGGGGAGCAAGUCAAGAUGGAAGGCCCGGAUUGAUGGAGCUUGGUGAGAAGGGAUGA